CCUACGUUGCUAAAAGUACGUGUUAGUUUAGAUUAAGCUUUGAUUCAGUCUAUUGGGAGAUAGUUAUCUUUAUAUACGAAUUUCCUUGGUUUUAAGACCAGUAAGGUAAAGAGGGACUUGACGCGAAUCAAUCCCGUUUUUUCUCGUCAAAGAAGUUUCGUGAGCAAUAUGGAGAUACGAAGCAGUCAGAACUACCUUUGGAACACAAAGGAUCGUUUGGGGGAAGGAGCUACAGGGGCAGUUUACAAAGCGAGGCAUAAGAAAACUGGCGAAACGUUUGCAGUCAAAGUCUCCAAUAAUCUGGGCAUGAUGAGGCCCGUGGAGAUAAGAAGAAGAGAGCUCGAGGUGCUUACCAAGCUGAAUCAUGAGAAUAUUGUGAAGUUAUACACUAGUGAAACGGAGCUCAGAUCACAAAAUGAAAUCAUCGUCAUGGAGCUGUGCUCUGGUGGAAGUUUGUUUACACUGCUUGAAAAUCCUGCAAAUGCCUAUGGCUUUACAGAGGAUGAAUUUAAACAAGUGUUCAAAGAUGUUGUCGCAGGAAUGAAGCACUUGCGUGAACAAGGCAUGGUUCACAGAGAUCUCAAGCCAGGAAACAUCAUGAGAGUAAUUAAGGAUGAUGGAAGCUUUGUUUACAAGUUAACUGAUUUUGGGGCCGCAAGGGAACUGGAUGCUCAUGAAGGAUUUAUGUCUGUUUAUGGCACAGAGGAAUACCUGCAUCCAGAUCUGUAUGAACGAGGAGUGCUCAGGAAACGUGGUAACAAGACGUUUGGUGCAAUGGUUGAUUUAUGGAGCAUUGGUGUAACAUUUUACCAUAUUGCUACGGGACAGUUGCCCUUCCGGCCAUAUGGUGGACGCCAAAACAAGGAUACCAUGCAUUUGAUUACAUCAAAGAAGCGCUCCGGCAUGAUUUCUGGAGUUCAAAAGAGUGAGGGGGAAGACAUAGAGUGGAGUGACAAACUUCCUGAUCAUACUCGCCUGUCUCAGGGUUUGAAAGAACUCUUGACACCAGUACUGGCUGGUGUUUUGGAGGCUGACCCUGUAAAUGCAAUGUCAUUUGAAGAGUUUUUUUUCAGGAUUCAGGAUAUUUUGUCACGAAAGGUCAUUGACGUUUACUCAGUUCAUUCAGCUUCUUUCCACAAGAUCUACAUGAAGCAGAGUGAUACGUUUGCAAAGUUCCAGGAACUCAUUGCAGUACAAACAGGAGUUAGUGCUGCGCAGCAGAAGUUGUUUUUUAAUUAUGAGGAAUUCAAGCCAGAUCCUAUGGCUCAUACGUCAACCUAUCCUAACACAUCUGAUGACAACCACAUGGUGAUGACUGGGGGAGAAUACAUGUCUCCUGAACGAUUAUUUCUCUACAAAAUCCCCAAUCUUCCCAAACUGCCAGAUGAAAGCACAUUGGAAGUAGAUUCAUCUACUUCAAAGAUGAUGGCAAAUCGUGCACACUGCUGCAAGUAUGCCGUCAAACAAUACUUCAGAGCAACCAAGGCAAUGCUGGUGACCAUUGAAAGCGUCUUCAAAAAUCUCAAGAAGGACAUGAUGCUCUAUGUUUCUUUCUGUAAACAAAUGGAAUCUGAAUGGACUGCUCUUCAACAGAUCUCUGAAGCUUAUUUCACCAGCUCUUACAAGUAA